AUGGAACGGAGACUGUCUGCUAUUGAGUACAGGUCUACCACUCUCAACAAUCUUCUCAAUCACCCGGAAAUAUCACCAUCAGAAUACGCAAGAGCUAAUAAGGAGCUGCGAAAGCUGAGCGGUUCGUUACACCUUAUUAUUGAGUUGAGGGCUAAACAGAAGGAAAUUGAUGGCUUGAAGUCACUGGUGGUUGAAUGUUCCGAAGACAAAGACAUGAUUAAUAUGGCGACAGAGGAAAUGGGGCAGGCCAUAGAGGAAGAACGAAGACUGCAACAUUUGCUGUUGAAGUCCUUACUUCCUAAGGACGAUGCUGAUGAAAGAAACUGCAUUUUGGAGGUCAGAGCAGGCACUGGUGGGGAGGAGGCUUCUUUGUUUGCAAUGGACAUCUUCAAAAUGUAUGAAAAGUAUGCUCACAAGAAUGGCUGGAAAUUUGAAGUAGUAGAUAUUGCUCAAUCAGAUCUUAAAGGAUACAAGGAAGCUAGUGCAGCAAUUGUAGGAGAUGGUGCUUUUGGGAAACUAAAAUUUGAAAGUGGAAUCCAUAGAGUACAGAGAGUUCCUGUGACAGAAAAAUCAGGACGAGUUCAUUCCAGUGCUGUUUCUGUUGCAAUCCUCCCUCAGGCUGAUGAGGUUGAUGUUCAAUUGAAGAAUGAAGACCUAAAAAUUGAUACCUACAGAUCUAGUGGUUCGGGUGGUCAGCAUGCAAAUACAACAAACAGUGCUGUUAGAAUAACUCACAUUCCAACUGGGAUUACAGUUUCUAUACAAAAUGAGCGUUCUCAACACCAAGUGAGUAUUUUCAAAAUAUUGGGCAUAAUUAACAAGGCCAGAGCACUUAAAGUAUUGUGUGCAAAGCUAUUUGAAAUGGAAAGGCUCCGAGCUCAUAGCACACGAUCAAAACUUCGGUCAGAACAGAUUGGCAGCGGUGAUAGAUCUGAACGCAUCCGGACAUACAACUUUUCCCAAGGUCGUGUAACUGAUCAUAGAGUUGGCAUAACUUAUCACUCAAUAGAUGAUGUGAUGCAAGGUGAGAAUCUUGAGGUAUUUAUUGAUGCUCUUCUAUUGCAACAAGAAAUGGAUGCAAUUGCAACUUUUAGUUCUUCUCAUUGACACCAACUGAUGGAUUCAGGCGUUACUGACGGUUAGUUUGGGGACUCAUUUUUGUACUUCACAUGCUGAAAAAGAAAAAUUCUUGUAUUUGAACAAAGAUAUGCUAGAUUUUGAGAGAAAAAAAAAAGUAGAAAUUAUGAUAGAUUUAGCAUGGCAUCAA